AUGACAGCUUCAUUCUACCCUGGUCUCGUGCCAGACUUUGACGACACAGCAUUUGAACCAAACGCCGGCUACAUGUUCGACGACAGCAGCGCCAUGGACAAUUUUCAGCGUGAAAUGGAAGCACCGUAUGACGGCAGCAAUGGCGUCCAGAGCGGCCAUCCUGAGAGAUCUGCAUCUAUGGCUUGGGCAGACCACAUGGGCAUGUCCAGCAACGAAUCCCAGCAGGACCUACCCCAACAAACACUGCCGUCGCGAGGCUUCCCGUUCCACCAUGGGCACGGAGAGCCCUCGGCAAUUACACCCGUGUGGCGACAAUCAGAUAAUUCCGCGUCGCAGGCGCAAGGGGGGGCCAAUGGCGUCUCGACUCGUUUCGGUCAAGUAACACCAGUCACCUCGCAGUCCCGAUCCUCGUCGAUAAAAUCAGACGACGCCCAGCAGCAGCGAAUAGCACAAUCCAACGCCAAAUCUGAAAGGGCCCGUAAUGCUGCCAAUCACCGCCACUCGCAAACCAAGCAGGCUAGGGAUUUGCUUCGAAAGGGGAGGAAGAGCUCAGCCGGCCGUAGGGAAGAUGAUGAAGAAGAAGAAGACAAGUCUCGUGGAGCUGGCAAGCAAGAGUAUCGCGAAAAGAACCGACAAGCGGCUGCGAAAUGUCGUAGAAAGAAGAAGGACAGUACCGAGGUCCUGGAGAGCACAGCCAGGACGGCAGUAGAAGAGAACACGCGGCUGAAGAACAUGGUGCGGCAUCUCAGAGAUCAAUACAGUGAUCUGCGCACGAAAGCACUUGCUCAUGACGGCUGCGGGUGCACCGACAUCCACCAGUACAAUGCAGACCAGGCCCAGCAAGCAGCCCGAGGUCAUGUGGGCAAUCCACCGUUGAUGGCGCGAGAUUUGCAAGCGAUGCAAGCCUUUCAAGGAUUUCCGAACAUGCCAGCUAUGCAGUUGCCACUCCUAGGAAGCAUGGCCAUGCCGAAUAUGUCGAUGGGAACGUCUCAGCCGUGCGCACAUGCGUUCUCGGGGGGACUCCAUCCAAACAUGGCAAUGCAACCAUCCCAGCACGCUCGGUCAGACUCCAAGCAUGGAGAUUUCGAGCAGCAAGCUGCAGCGCUCCAGCUGUGCGGGCAAGAAUUUGCCUUUGAUCCGAGCCUCGAUGCCAUCCAGGAAGAUGGACAUAAUGAUGAGUUCCAGUAG